AUGUUAACAUCACGAUCUCAAGUGGUAGACAAGCGCCGUCUCAUGAAGUUCAUGACAUUCUGUCUCGAAUGGAACACGAAGCGUGAGGAAAUGGAAGGCUGGAAGGAAUAUCAGGAUGAACCAUUUGAGAAGUUCUUGGAAUCUCAGGAAAUUACCGGAGAGCUUCGCAGCUACAUCGCUGAUGCUAUUGGAAUACUUCAUCCGAAUGCUACAACCAAGGAUGGUCUGACAGCUGUCUGUAAAUUUGUGGAUUCUGUGGGACGUUUCGGUCCCUCGCCAUUCCUCACUUCGCUCUAUGGGAGCGGUGAGAUUCCGCAGUGUUUUUGCAGACUUUGUGCUGUAUUCGGUGGAUUGUACUGUCUUGGGCGACCUGUGGAAGCUUUGAUCCAAAAAGAUGGAAAGGUUGUCGGCGUAAUUGCCGACGGAUUCCGGGUUAAUUGCACACAUCUGAUCAUGUCGUCCGAAUAUGUUCCAGCUAGUGUAGAGUCUAAGGGUCCUGAGAAAUGGAUCGAUAGAGCUGUCUAUGUAACAAAUAGAUCGAUAUGGACAGAAGAGAAGGAGCACGUGAGUUUUGGAGGUUCUUGAAG